AAUUGAUGUGCACGUCGCAGCCCCGGCACCAGCAACAAAAAAAGGAAACACACCAUGGGAAAAAAGCAAUUAGUCCACGAAGAUCGUUCCUGAUUGAUCUCCAUGAUACCAUGCUACCAAAACUAACCUCCAUGAUGAUACCCUGUCUCCCUCUUCCUCGCUCAGCUUUCUGUCUUUCUCUCUCACCAAACCUUGCCCUGCUUUCCUCUGCUCCCCGUGCACUGGGUAUAAGACACGCCGGGCCAAGAACGCAACACCAUUCUGCCUGCAUCUUUCUUCCAACCCUCUCUACCCUCCGUCAGAACCUCCGUAGUCUCAGUGUCAAUCGUCUCUGGCUCCGAUGAAGGACCGCCGCAGCGGCGCCGGCUUCUCCUUCUCCAUCGGCUGCAUGUCGCAGUCCGCCGUCGCCGUCGCCGAACCGCUCGACAAGAAGCCACCAGCACCGGCGCCGCAGCCGCAGCAGGAGGCCGACACCCCCUCCUCCUCCACCACGACCACGGCGGCCACCGCACAGGAGAGAGGCGCCGGAGAAGAAAGCAGCGAGGACAAGGCCAGAACCGCGGCGGCGGCGUCAGGGGUCGUCACGGCGGGGGUGCAGCGGCUGCUCAAGGGAAUCAAGACCUUCUUCGCGGCCUACGACGGCGAGGAGGACGACGAGGAGGAGGAUAGGGAGAUCGUGAUCGGGUACCCCACCGACGUGCAGCACGUCGGGCACAUCGGCUGGGACGGCCUCAACAAGGUGGGCGGCAUGGGCGUGGGCAUGGGCAUGGUCGGCGCCUUCUCCCAGCCCUCCUCCCUCUCCCUCCGCCAGCUCGAGAUCGCCAUGGACCCCGGCGCCGUCGCCACCACCUGCAUCAACUGACCAAUCUCUGCUGCCAUUGCCAUGCUCCUCGAGCUCGACAAACCACCCUCACUAGUGCUAGUAAAAAAAGAGUUGAGACGAGUGAUCUCAUCUUUUAGUUCUUCCACGUGCUUGCUGAUGAUUGAUAAUUACCUUGUCAUUUGGUAAAAUCUUUGUUUUAACUUUGGGUGAGAUAAAGAAGCAUAUGCAUAGGUUUGUGUAUAUAUUAUGCAUUCAUGUGGAGUGGAGUUGUGUACAUACUUGGUAGAUUGUGGGAGCUUCAGCUUGUUUCAAGAUCUCUACGGGCCAUGGGGCCCCCUCUCUUCCUCUUUUCCAUUGAAGUUGCUCUUAAACCAGAUGGUAAAAUCUUGUCAGGAGUGAUGGUGAUUAAUUGCUGCUGCUGCUGCUGGUA